UCGUAAUCCGCGUAUUCAAGGAAGGAAGGAAGUUAUUAUAAGCAGACUUGAAUUUGAAGGCCAAAUCAAAAUAUUGGUAUAGCCGCGAGCGAGGUUUCGUUUCGUUCAGUUCACACAUUCUAAUCUCUAUCGAUUCCUCUUCCAUUUUCUCAAUUCACUACACCCCAGUUUAUGGGAAGCCAACUUGUGUGUAAUGGGUGUAGGAACAUCUUGGUUUACCCUAGAGGAGCAACCAAUGUUUGCUGUGCAUUGUGCAACACCGUUACCUCUGUUCCUCCUCCUGGAAUGGACAUGUCACAACUUUAUUGUGGAGGCUGUACGACAUUGCUAAUGUACACACGUGGUGCUACAAGUGUGAGAUGUUCCUGCUGUCACACUAUUAACCUUGUACCAGUACUAGAAUCUAAUCAAGUCAUUCAUUGUACGAACUGCCGGACAACACUCAUGUAUCCUUAUGGAGCUUCCUCAGUAAAAUGUGCAAUUUGUCGCUAUAUUACUAAUGUCAGUAUGACGAAUGGAAGGCUUCCAAUUCCUGUACAGAGACCAAAUGGAACAGCCAACUCUGGAACAGUAUCUUCUACUUCAUCGCUGCAGUCAAUGCCUCAUUCUCAGAGCCAAACUGUCGUAGUAGAAAAUCCCAUGUCUGUUGAUUCGAGUGGGAAAUUGGUGAGCAAUGUUGUUGUGGGCGUUACAACAGAGAAGAAAUGAUACUUGUCACAUUAUCAUGUUAUACAAGUGUAAAGAGAACAUUAUUUGAUUCAUCAGCUGCUGGUGCUCAAAGAUAUUGUUCGUAUAUGUGACUUUGCAGCAUAGAAGUUAAAAAUAUUUUUGUUCUAAACGACAUUUAGACUGAUUUAAUUUACGUAUAUGAAUACGAGGACAAGUGGAAAGGGCACAAAACUUGUCAUUUGUGCAAUUGCCAAGGUCCUCUUUUUGCUGUAGUUGGAUCACAGGGUUUUUCACAUCUCGAAUUACAAGUCGUAGAUGCACAUUUGUUUCCUCUUCUUUGGUGACUUGAUUCGUAUAUUCAGAUGUGUUAAUAAUAGUUUUAUUAUGCAAGCAUAUAACCUGAUAAGGUGCCUAGAGUCAACUGGCGCAGAAAUACAAUAUCGACCUGCUUGAACAUUAAGUAUGAGUAAUGAAGUACUUAUAGGAGAAGAAAAUUAGAAAGAAAAAUGAGAUUUUUUUUUUCCUUUUGUUAAAAUUAACUUGUACACAAGUUAAAAAUCAACUUUUGGAUAAAUUAAUGGAGUAAAUAGACAUUUUGGUCCUU